UUAAUAUGGGGAGCAACACCCCCCCUCCCCCCGUGGCUCAACAGGUGCAGACACCUCUCUUCCAAGCCAGGCGAUUCAGCAACUGGGGCGGGCCGAAAGGAAAGAGAAGACCAAAACCAUCGUCCCAUCGUGUAAUUACAUUUUAUAAGGACGUAAUAUUGCUCUGCAGCCCCCGGGACAAAAAAGUCCCAAAGCAACAAAUGAAGGCCGUGUUACAUGAAAAGGGCCACAUCGUGAGUGCACUGGAAGUGGAUAAAACAUGGGACCACACGACCCUGCUACUCCAACUGCGUCAGGCGUUUGAUGGGAAGAUUCCUGCAGGAGCAAGUCUGGAGAUGCUUAUGCCGUGUGGGAACAAACUGGUUACACCCAAGCUUAGCAGAGGUCAGCAGUUAGACGCUUCUAUGGUGCACAAGAUCUUCAGAAGAGCUCCGCUGUAUAUUAGGCCGUCAGUAGCCCUGGAGCCUACGAUGAAGGAAGGCUGUGAUUCAAGUACAGAGGAAGAUGACUGGGUGGAAGAGGAGGACAUGUUUGUCCCAGCCACUGCAGUUGCCCAGGCUUCAUGCAGCACCGAACAGAAAGCCCAAGCUUCUUCAUCGCAGCCCUCCACUAGUGACCAGACCCCUAAUUGUUGGCCAUACUCUAGACCUCACCUCUAUGCCCCAGCCACUGCAGUUGCCCAGGCUUCAUGCAGCACCCAACAGGAAGUCCAAAUGUUCUCAUCACAGCCCUCCACUAGUGACCAGACCCCUAAUCGUUGGCCGGACCCCAGACCUCAAGUCUAUGCCCCAGCCACUGCAGUUGCCCAGGCUUCAUGCAGCACACAACAGAAAGCCCAAGCUUCUUCAUCACAGCCCUCCACAAGGGACCAGACCCCAAGUCAAUGUCAAAACGAUUAUGGAACGUACAUCGACCUCAUACAUGAGACAUCAGAUGAAGAUAAUGAUGAUGACCUGUACAGUGCUAUCAUUGCCAGUAUUGAGGAUCAGACGUAAGUGUUUUGUGUCUUACUACAGUAAAGAUUUCGCUGUGUAAAGUGUAGAACUGUAGGCUUUGGCAGAGUGGAAGUUUGACAAUAAUUAGAAAAUACAGUGCAGACUAUAAGCAUUCAGACUGACACUUUUUACAGUAGCCAACGUUCUGCUUUAAUUUGAAUGUAUUUACAUUAAUGUCAGCUAAACAGUGUUGGAGCCCUUUUUCUGAAAGUUGAUCAGUGAACCCUUAAAGACAGAACCACUCUCACUCUUUGACCCCUGUCAUUGUUAAUGUAAGCACAGUUACUGAUUGAUCUGUCAUUCUUACUUUUAGGGCCAAAAGAGACAUCCCAUUAGUCAAAUAUUGAAUGAACUCAGUGACAAAAUUGAUAGCCUGCAAGUGUGCAAGUUCAACAUCAAUUGUUCUGCAGUCCUCGAUGGAGCAAUAAGGGGGUUCAGACGGCUCUCCUAUGACCCAAAUAAGAAGAUGUCCGUAAAGUUUUCUGAUGACAGGGGAACCACGGAGGAGGCUGUGGACCUCGGUGGCCCUCGCCGAGAGUUUCUACGCCUGCUGAUGGAAACACUGGCAGAGUCAGACAUGUUUGAAGGACCAGAGGGACACCUCAACUUGGCUCUCAGUUCCUCUGCUGUGCGGGAGGACAGAUAUUUCAUAGCUGGCAUAGCAAUUGCUGUCAGCCUGGUUCAUGGAGGCCCUCCACCAUGUUUCCUCUCGAGAACGCUCUUUGCCUGCAUAGCAGAGGGACCUGAUGGAUGUAGGCCUGUACUGGAGGACAUUACAGACAUGGAACUCUAUAGUAAACUAAAACAGGUUUGUAGAGAGUUUAUUUUGUUGCUAAUACCA